AUGGAAAAUUUGAAUAAUGUCACAGAAUUUAUUCUCUUAGGAUUUUCUCAAAAAAUGGAACUAGAAAUCUUCUGCUUUUUGCUGUUCUUAGUGUGCUACACGGCCAUUUUGUUUGGAAAUUUGCUGGUCAUGAUUUCUAUCACUUGCUGUCAACUCAUUCACCAGCCUAUGUAUUUCUUCCUGAGUUACCUCUCGUUCUCAGACCUUUGCUACACGUCCACUGUUACUCCCAAGUUAAUCAUUGACUUACUAGCAGCAAAGAAGACCAUUUCCUACAAUGGCUGCAUGACACAGCUCUUUACCAUGCACUUCUUUGGAGGAAUUGAGGUCUUUAUCCUCACAGGGAUGGCUUAUGACCGCUAUGUGGCCAUCUGCAAACCUUUGCACUACACGAUUAUCAUGAGUCGACAGAAGUGUGAGGCCAUGCUAGCUGCAUCUUGUGCUGGGGGAUUCCUGCAUUCCUUUGGUCAGUUCCUCCUGGCGAUCUUUUUACCCUACUGUGGCCCCAAUGAGAUCGAUCACUAUUUCUGUGAUGUAUACCCUUUGCUAAAACUGGCCUGCACGGACACCAGGAAAAUUGGACUCUUGGUCAUUGCUAAUUCUGGCCUCAUGGGCUUGGUGACAUUUGUGGUUCUAUUAAUAUCGUAUGCUGUGAUUUUAUACACUGUCAGAUCCUACUCAGUGGAGAAUCGCCGCAAAGCCCUUUCCACGUGUAGUUCACACAUUACUGUGGUGGUCCUCUUUUUCGCUCCUUUACUUUUCAUUUAUAUAAGACCCGCAACUACUCUGCCAGAAGACAAAGUAUUUGCUCUUUUUUAUACUAUCAUUGCCCCCAUGCUAAACCCUCUGAUAUAUACACUAAGAAACAUGGAGAUGAAAAAUGCCAUAAAGAAACUGUGGUGCAGUAUCAUAGGAAUGAAGGUAAUAGGUUAA